GCCAAUUCUGAUUGGUUGCGAUUUGUUGUUGGCCAACAGCCGGGAAGUUUGUUGCAUGUGUUGAAAUUUUGUCUCCAAAAAAGUGGAUUUUUAGUGCGUUUUGUCGAAUUCCAUGAUAGGAACUGAUGAUGGAGAGGCGUACAGUGAAGGCAAAGGGCAUCCCUGAUUUCAAGAAACUUCACCAGCAGUGGGAUGAAAGAAUGAAAUGUACCCGUCAGUCCAAGCCAACAACAGUGACUAAGAGCUUCUCACUUGGUAGAAAGAAGGAAGAAAAAGACGACUGCUUCACUGUGCCAGCCAAGCAAGAGACAAGACAAGCCAUAAGGAGUAAACCCAAUACGAAAUCUUCAAAGCGCCAGAUCCUCGACGGAGUGCAGAAGGAAAACCUGUCCCCCGGCAAGAGAGUCCGGCCAGCACAGUUACAGAAACAACAAGGCAUCGAGUUUGAAGAAGACAAACGAGCGUUGAACUGUAUCCUGGCAACAGCCAAUGACAACAUGACCUCUAAUGCUGGUCAUCGGCAGACGUUUGCUUUUGGCAGCAAAACACCACAAGCUUCGCAGGACCCGGUGAGGAAUUCAAUCUACAGCUCAAGUCGGCCACGGACUCUUGGCCAGAUAGAAAAGGCAACGAUGGCACUCACCUCACGCCGAGCUACGGCUGUAGGGGUGAAGGCCGAACGGACCAUCAACAAAACACCAGCUCCACCACCACCUGACCAGCGUCAUUCCAUCUACAUGCGCUGUGACGGUAAGACGCCGCGCUCGUCCUCCAAACAGCUAGGAACACCAGCUAAAGUAGCCAAGCUAAAGACCCCGAUGACGGCGAGAAGAGUUCCAGUUAGUAGUUCAGUCACCAAGCCUCCAGGAUCUUCUGCGAGCUGUGUAAAGUGGGCAGAUGUUUUGACCCCCAACAAAGCCGUGCAGGAUCCUCUCAAGAGAGCUCUGUUCAUGGAUCCAUCAUGCACGCCACCACCCUUGAAAGAGGAACCGAAGACAUCGAACCAGUCGACACCCAACACGAGUCAGGACGCUAUGUCACAGCGGUUAUCACUCACGGAUACAGAUCUUAGAAAGUUUCAGGAAAUUGAGGAGAGAGAGCAGAGGCUGUUAGAGGAGAUCAACAUGAUGUCUCGGCAACGUCCGAUGUCAAACCUCGAGAAGACCGAGGUGGAAUCUCCGCAACACGUCACGUCAAAGGAGAACAUUGAUCUAUGUGCUGCGUCGUUUCGCAAAUCUGCUGACAAUUUUGCACUGCACCAUAAAAAUGACUCGCGGAAGAAUCAGAGCGAUAGUUCUGAGUUUAGUUCAGGGCCAAGCCCAGAUCAUGAAUCACUUGAGGGGUUGAAAAAGGCUGGGAACCAGGUUGGACAUAGUCCUCUCUCGGACGUUGACAGCGCUGUUGAUAUGGCAUCUAUGCACAAUUUGACAAUCGAUGAGCUCAAUCAGAGUUUGAAUGUUUCACAGAUGCAGUUUGAGCGUCUAGAAUCAGAAUUCCGGACAUUGCAACAUGUUAGUCAUGACGAUGGUGACAUCAUGAAGAAGCUCCAGCAGAUUGAGAAACAACAACACUUGGUUUUACGGCAGCAGCAGGAUCUGCGCAAACAGAUGCUGGAGCAGCACCAACAGCUGCAGGAGCAGCAGAGACUCAUCACCCAGAAACAACUGCGUCUUACGCCACCAUCUUCUUGUGCUCAUAAUGACACUAGGACACCGUGUUCAGUGACAUCUGGUGCUAAUCGUAGAUUCUCAAUGUCAGAGAAUAGUCCGUUUGCGUUGUUUAAUCGGUGCCAGUCCAUUCAAAAGGAUUCAAGCAAGGAAUCAUCUGUCAUUCCUAUGCCGACGUCUGUCAAAUUGAGCCCAGCUGUGAUCUUGCCUGAGAAUGCAAGUUUACCGUUGCGGACUCCGUUAGCAAUGGUGGACAGUACACGUUGCUAUGGUAAUCACACUCCAAGCAGAUACUUUCCACCGUGUCGGACUGGGGAAUCAGCUCGUACCCCACUUCAAAGUGUCCAGUCAGCUUUCAAACAAACGAGAGUUACCAACUCUGAGCCAGAAAAUAGCCAGGACAGUUUUGAAAUAGGAUGCGGCUUCCUCAAUAUGACACCAUACACUGCUGCUACGACAAAACUACGGACUCAAUUAUUGGCCAAAACUAUUCUGUCUGCGACGUCCAAGAAGUUCCAGAAUGCUCUCCUCGAUGAGGAGGUGGGCUUGUACACGUCAUGUGGCCGUCUGGUGGAUAAAGAGAAGAGGUUUCAUAUGUGCUGUCGGCUGAUGAAUCCAGUGGCUAAGACCUUAUUGGAGGGUGACCACAUGCAUUUCAUCCCAAUCCAUGAAGAAUCCAAGUGCCACAGUUACACACUAGAGGGCUCUGCUUUCAGUACAUUUACGAGAUGAGAUGACGUGUUCAUACAGUUGACUGUCUAGAGCGUAUCGUGACCAGUUAUUGUGCAAUGAGAUAAUGUGUGAGGUUGAUGCCGAUUAUCUUGGACUCUUUGAGAAAAAGUCAUAGGAUCAAUUGAACGUUGGAUGUUGUCACUUUUCAGAUGGAGCUUGGGUUGCUCAGCAGCCAAGGCUUUCCCUCUCUUAUCAUCAUGUUCUAGUUCUCGGGUGUGUUCAGAUCAGGGUCGACAUGCGACCAUGGAAACUGCCAACGAUCUUUGUAGUCUAGAUAUCAUCGCUGAACGAGUUUCAUUCUUUAAAAAAAAUUGUAAAAUUCGCUGUGUGUUAAAGAAAAUGUCGAUUUAAAAAUUGCAAAAGAUAUACAUUCUUCAAAUUUGAUAUGGAGACACCUUUUGGGCAGCUGUAUAAGUUGACCCAAUUUAGGUCAAUUGUGACCUAGUUUAUCAAGUUCACAGAGGUCAAACUCUAAAAGUGUCCUUUAGGCCGAAGUUACAUAGACCUCAUUCGUUCAUUUCCCAGGACUCAUUUUCCCCUUUUGCUUUCUUUCCCCUGUGAAUGCACGGCCUUGUGGCGUGCAUUCACCGAGGAAUGAAAGAAAAACCCGGAAAGUGACUCGAGGUAAAUGAACGAAUGAGGUCUAUGUAACUUCGGCCUGACAGAGCAACAUUUUCAUAAGUACCUCCAUAUGUCAUUUCAUCUGCAACUAAAUGGUUUCUAGUUAGUUGCGUAGUUGUUGGAGCCCGGGGCUCAUAUUCAGGAGGUUGUGGGCUCUUUUCCAUCUGUUUUUUCUUUGUAUCCUUAAGCAAAACACUUUGAAACUCUACCUGAAAAAUGGAUAUCAUGAAAUAUUGAUUAUGUUUGAUUUCCCUUGUAAUCCCCAGGUGUGAUUAUUGUUAGGUUCCAUGCUACUCUACCUGUUUCUACUAACUUAUCUAUUGUAAUUUAUAAAACUUUUUUCAAAAACUUUGUUUUUUUUCUGUUAAUUCCUAAGAUUGGAAAGUAGCCUACACCUGCUCCCAGUUUUAGUCCACACAAGUGCCUGCUGAUGUUGGAAAGUUGAUGUAUAAAAAGCCUCAUUAUAUCAUAUACUGUAUAACAUUGUAAUAAUACUUUGUGUUCUUUGCUAGUAAAUAAACGUUUCAUUUUCAGUAUUGUCUGAAGAAUA